AUGUUAUUCCAGAGAAGAGCCUGGCUUUGGUUAUACCUCAGCACAGGCUUCAUUCUAGGAAGCGAGCUGAGCAGCCCAGAGCUCCGUGGUAAAAGUUACUGUUAUCAGCUUCACAGGUUUCACUGCAGCUUUAAGGAAGCAGAAAAUUACUGCCAUGCCCAGGGAGGACACCUUGCUUACACUUGGAACCAGGAGGUUCAAGAUCUCAUCUGGGACUUUCUGGAAGAAGGAAAGAAGUGGUGGAUUGGGCAAAAUUUAAUGCUGCUGGGGAAAGAUCAAGAAAACAACAACCCAAAUGUCACAGCCCGCCGAGCUACCAAGCCCACCAGCUGCACUUACGUGUCCAGAAAGUCCAACCGGGUCUCAUCAAAAGUAGACUUGUGCUCCCUGGGGCAUUAUUUCAUUUGCCAGGCUGACCAAGAUACAAGUUAUGAAAGAAAUGGAAAUAAUUCUCAUUCACAUCGGAGACCCAAGAAGACAAAAAGAGAAGUCGCAAUACCAAGAAACAAAAUGGCCUCAGGAGCCACUCAUCAUUCAAACAAAUGUCACCAACCUGCUCUUGCUAAUCCUUCCAAGACCCUGUGCCAUUCUGCCAGCCCGUUUCCUUCAGUCCUCCCGACAGUCACACAGCAGGGACUGUCAGUCACCCCUGUGCCCACCAGCCAGCCACUCCCUGUGACGGCAGAGCUCCCCAGGCCUGCGUCUGUAACACAGGCUGGAAACGCUCUGGUGGGAAUAACUUCAAGCCCCAAAGAGGACUCACAUCCAGGCGUCUCCACCACUCAUCUCCAAGCAUCGUCUCAGAGCGCAUCUGAUCAGGUCACAGAUGAAAGGGCAUGGAACUUCAGCAAAGCGAUGCAUGGUUUGCAACCUCACAGCCAACUGCAGAAAGCUUGUGAGGUGCUCCAGAGACUGACAGCCAUGAUCCCAGGACUUUCCGAGUCAGUGCAGGUCGAUGUUGUCGACUCCCUUAUUUACCUGAGUGGCCAAUUACUGGAAAGCCCAUUUCAGAACAGCAGCACUCUGGGCUUCCAAAUUCCUGUGACUGUCUGCCUCAUUCACUCCCUCAGCGGUGUAGUGAAAGCUGACGAAGCAAGUGGGCCAAGAUCCAAGCCUGACAUUGAGCAGGUAGAAAAUAUUUUGAAAAAGUCCUUGAUGGCCCUUGGGGAGAUCCAGGAAACAUUUCUAUGGCAGCAUCCAUUUUCUGAGUCUUCGGUGACUUUGACCUCUUCCAUUGCUACCCUGAUGUUGAGCAGCCAAAACAUAUCAACUUUGCCUCUGAGCUCUUACACUCUGGGAUACCCAGCACCCAUGCGGUUAGCCUUCCCAUCAGCUUCGGCGCUGGAGGAGCUCUUGAAUAAACACCCGGGAGUUAAUGUUCAAAUAACAGGACUAGCUUUCAAUCCCUUCAAGGAUUUUGAUGAGAAGAACAUUGUUGGAAGCGUCGGAAGUGUGGUACUAAGUUCUAAUCAUAAAUUGCUCCGAGUCCGUGACUUAAUGGAGGAUAUUGAGAUCAUGCUCUGGAGAAAUGCAAGCAUGGAAACCCACCCCACCAGCAUCAACAUGAGCACGGACUAUUUUACCAUCACAGUGAACGUCACUUCCCUGGAGAAAUCCCUGAUCAUGUGCAUAGAGCCUGAAAGUCCCGUUUCAAUGACACUCUACCUGGGGUUCGAGUAUCAGCCUAACCACACUUUCUUUCACCUGAACAUGACCCUGCCAAAGGCUCAGGUGGAGCAGAAAGAUGAGGCGUAUACAUGGGUGCUGACUCCAGGGAGUUUGCAGCAUGGGAUCGGCAUCUACUACAUAACAGCCGUGUUGAAUAAAAGCAAGGAGGAGGCUCAGCGGACUCCCACCCUGUUCUCCAUCGUCACUGCCCUCACUCAGUGCUAUUUUUGGGACAGCCACAACAGCACGUGGAAGAGCGACGGGUGUCAGGUCGGGCCACAGAGCACAGUGGUGAGGACCCAGUGCCUCUGUAACCACCUGACCUACUUUGGCAGCGACUUCUUCAUAGUGCCCCGGACAGUGAAUGUUGAAGACACGAUCAAGCUAUUCCUGCGCGUGACCAACAACCCUGUUGGGGUGUCCUUGCUGGCCAGCCUUUUGGGGUUCUACCUGCUCCUGUUUGUGUGGGCUUGGAGAAAGGAUCAGGCAGAUAUGCAGAAGGUGAAGGUCACUGUCCUGGCCGAUAAUGACCCCAGCUCUCGGUGUCGCUACCUUAUUCAGAUCUCCACUGGAUAUCGAAGAAGGGCCUCUACAACAGCUCAGGUGGUGGUCACCCUGUAUGGGUCAGAGGGACGGAGUGAGCCCCAUCACCUCUGGGACGGCCAGAAGGCAGUCUUUGAACGAGGGGGACUGGAUGUCUUCCUGCUCGGCACCCGGUCCUCCCUGGGGGAGCUGCACAGCCUCCGACUCUGGCAUGACAACUCAGGUGCCAGCCCUGCCUGGUAUGUAAACCAGGUCAUUGUCAGCGACAUGGCAGGUAACAGGAAAUGGCAUUUCCUAUGCAACUGUUGGCUGGCCGAGGACCUUGGAGAUUGUGAGCGUGACCGGGUCUUCAUACCAGUCUCAAAGAAACAGCUCUUUUCCUUUAGACACCUGUUCUCCUCCAUGAUCGUGGAGAAGCUCACCCAGGAUUCCCUGUGGCUCUCGGUGGCCACUCGCCAUCCCUGGGACCAGUUUACGAGAGCCCAGCGGCUCACGAGCUGCAUGACCCUCCUGCUCUGCAACAUGGUCACCAGCCUCAUGUUCUGGAGGAUGAACGGCCCCCCCGCCCACAGAGACGAGCAAGUGGGUCCAUGUGCCGUGACCUGGUCCGAACUGCUUGUCAGCAUCCAAACUGCCGUCAUCCUCUUCCCAGUCAACCUCGUCAUAGGGCGGCUCUUCCCACUGAGUCAGCCCCAGGAGCCUCUGCCCCCCUCGGCUCCCCCGCAGGCCUCCUGCCUCUCAGAUGCGUCUUCUGAGCCUCUCUCAGCCUCAGAGGCCGUGGAGGAGCUGAAGGAAACGGUGGGGUUUCUGCUCAGGAGAGACCCGGGCCUCCUCUCAGAACAUGAACCAUCCUCGUGGGGUUCCUACCGCGUGAGCCAGCUGGUGGCGCUGUUAUCCAGCCUCAUUCGUUCUCACCUGGAGGCAGCACCCUGCGGGGCGAGUGGGAAGGCCGCAGUGGCUGCUGAAAACCACCGUCAUCUCCGCUGCUACCUGCUCAGGGUUCUGCAGAGGCUGCGGUCGCACUUGAGCACCUUGGGUCCCACCCAGUUCGACCAGCCUGGCGACCUCCUGGGUGCAGCCAGCCACCUGCAGAAGCUCCAGGAGCUCCUGGAGACACACAUCCUUCCCGCAGAGCCAGGGCCCGCCGGGGAGGCAACCAGUUUCCCCAUCCUGAGCCCAGAAGGAGGGCGGAGGUCCACCGCGGAUGGUCUCUCCAGGUGGUUGGCUCCCAUCUGCUGGCUCCUGCUGGGCGCCACUAGCCUGGCCGCGGCCUUUUUCACAGCACUGUACAGCCUGGAACUGAGCAGGGACCAGGCCACCAGCUGGCUCAUCUCUAUGAUCUUAUCGGUGCUUCAGAACGUCUUCAUCAUCCAGCCAGUGAAGGUACUGUGGCUCAGUUGGUUGAGCAUCGUCCCAUGCACCACAAGGAAGCAAUAGUCACAGACGUCAAGAAUCAUUUCAUUCAGUAUUUCAAAAUGUCCUCCAUCAUCGCCUGGUUCAAGAGAUAAGAGGAACCCCGUCUAUGUAGCGCCAGCUAUGAACAGUCCAGUUACGCGCCCAGAAAGAACCUUGAAAGAGAAGCAGCUCUUCAAGCUGACGGGGGAGAUUUUGGCACAAAUCCUCUUCCUGGUCCUGUUGAUGACCGCGGUCCACUCCUCGCAGAACCCCAGCCGCUUCCACCUCCAUCGGGCUCUCCGGAAGAGCUUUUCUCACGGCUUCUCGGAGAUCAGCCUUCUGCAGCACUUCUACCCCUGGGCCAGGCACACCCUCCUUCCCAACCUGUACGGGGAUCACAGAGGAUUUAUUACCGAUGGGAACUCCUUCCUUUUGGGCAAUGUUCUGCUUCGUCAGAUUCGCAUUCUGAAGCCAUCUCAUCAAGAUCUGGAGGAUACAGAGAACUAUGGGGUUAACUGGAGCCCCCCUGAAACAAACAACACAGAAUCAGACAGCAUUUGGCAUUAUCAGAAUCAGGAGACACUGGGUGGCUACCCCGUCCAAGGGGAGUUUGCCACUUACUCGGGAGGAUACGCUGUCAGACUUGGGAGGAACUCUAGUUCUGCAACCAGAGUUCUGCAGCAUCUUGAACAGAGCCGCUGGCUAGACCGUCGCACCCAAAGCCUCUUUGUGGAAUUUGUGGUCUUCAAUGCUAACGUGAACCUGUUCUGUGUAGUGACCCUGAUUCUGGAAUCCAACAAUGUGGGUGCUUUCUUCGCCUCUGUAAGACUGGACACUUUAACUUCCCUUCAGGCCUCAAGGAAGGACUUUGCCUGGUCUAUUGCCUCACAAGUCAUCUAUUAUCUACUAGUCUGUUACUACGGCUUCAUACAGGGUCGCCGGCUGAAACAGCAGAGAUGGAGGUUCUUAACGAGGAAGAAAAACAUUCUCAACAUGAGCAUAAUCCUUACCAGCUUUGCCAUCUUGAUGCUUGACAUCAAGCUUAUUUCUCUACAUAAGAAGAACAUGGCACAAUACCACCACGACCGUGACAGGUUCAUCAGCUUCUAUGAGGCAGUAACCGUGAACUCGGCUGUCAUUCACCUCAUGGGCUUCCUGGUUCUGCUGGCAACUGUUCAGCUAUGGACGCUGCUGCAUCUGAACCCCCGGCUGCAGGUCAUCGGAAGAACACUCACCAAAGCCUGGGAUGAGGUGGUGGGCUUCCUGCUGGUCAUUGUGAUCCUGCUGACAGGCUACGCCAUGGCUUUUAACCUGCUGUUUGGAUGGAGCAUGUCCGACUACCGAACCUUUGUCAGCUCAGCAGUGACUUUUGUUGGUCUCCUGAUGGGAAUCUCUCAUUAUAAGGAGAUUAUUGCUUUAGACACAGUCCUGGGAUCCUUUCUGAUCCUCACCAGUGUCAUCUUGAUGGUACUCGUGAUCAUUAACCUUUUUGUUUCUGCCAUUCUAAUGUCCUUUGGUAAAGAAAGAAAGUCCCUUAAGACUUGGAAAGAAGCUACACUGAUGGAUAUGCUGCUACAGAAGCUCUCAAGUUUGUUAGGAAUCCAGUGCACCAGAACACACGUCCUGGAAGCCGCUGCAGAGUCCCAGAGGAGUAACCAAGCAAACUCACAGAUGCUUUCUGGGCUUAAAUACAGAGACUGAAAGGGUUCCUUACUGCUGCAGGCAUCCACAUUACCCAGGGAGCCAAAGGCACAAUGGAAGCUGAAUCAGCAGGAACAUAAAGAAGUUGAAAAAAUAAAAAUGUGUGAAAAAGAAACAAGGAACUUGUGAGAUUCUUUGGGGCCAGGGAAGAUUAUUUUCCUUUUGGCAGAGGGAAAUCCUGAGUUCUGUUUUUGCCAUACUGCAUUUGGAGGGUGGACAGGGCAUGUGGAUUGAAUUCCAUGUAUGAGAAAACAGCAAAGGGCUCAGCAUUGAGCCUUGAGGGUUUCUAACUCAC